AUGGUUCAACGGGUGCCGGGAGCGAACCAGGGCAGCUGGAAGGACGGGUCUCAUUCGGCGCGAUGCGCGAUGUUUCGUCGGUCGUUGUGCAGGCGGCAGGCGCUUGCUGCUGUGUUCGCGGCAGCAGCAGCACGGAGCGCCGUCGCGGCGGGCUGCGCGGGGCGGAGAGCGCUCCAUCAAGCAGAGGCUGGGCCCGAGCGCCGUUUUCGGACGUCUGCGUGGCCAUCACGGCCAGAAGAUGGGAUGGUAUUGGAGGAAGAUAUAGGGCCGCGCAGCCCGCGGGCUCUGCAGCGGCUGGCAGCGUUUGCGCUGUCCGUACUUUUGUGCAGUGCCGCGCCAGGUGCGCAGGGGGCGCCGUUCGCCUCGCCCGCGACCCUGGCGGAGGCGGGCGCGGCCGCGACCGUCGCCAGCGAGGCCGAGGAAUCGAUGUUCGUCUUCCUGCGCCGCGUCGACUCCGCCCUGGAGCGCGGCCUCGGCGCUGCCGUCGACACAGCUCGGCGCGCCGUGCCGACCGGCGCCACCGCGGAGGAGCGCGCGCAGAGCCGGCAGCGCGCCCAGGACCUCAUACAGGAGGUCUGGCAGGUCAUCGACGAGCACUUCACGGACGUGCGCGGCGCGGGGUUCUCGCGGGAGCGCUGGGCGCAGCUCCGCGACGAGGCCCUGAGUCAGGACCUGAUUGACGAGCAGGCAGCGUACCGGGCGGCGCGCAGCAUGAUGGCACGCGGGACGAAGGACCCGUACACGAGGUUCCUGGCGCCGGAGGAGUUCAAGGACAUGCGGAAGUACGACAUCAGCGGGAUCGGCCUGAACCUGUCCACUGCGGAGGAGCUCGCGUCCAAGACGGGGACGCCGGCGCCGGAGGGGAGCGGUCCGGGGGGCGUCUUCGUGCUGGGGACAAUCAACGGCCUGGCGGGCGCGCAGGCGGGCAUUGCGCAGCGCGACGAGCUGCUCGCGAUCAACGACGUGCCGCUCGACGGAGUCUCGCCGUUCGAGGCCGCCAGCCUGAUCAGUCGCGGCGGCGCCCCGGCGGACGCCCCCGCGCCGGGGCCCGCGACGGUCCGCCUCAGCGUGCGCAAGCCCGACGGCACGCAGCGGACGUUCGAGGUCGAGCGGCCCGCCACGAUCCCCGCGAAGGACCCCGUCAGCUACAAGCUGGACCAGCCGGGACCGUUCGCGGGGCGCGGCGCGGGCGGUCCGCGCGGGUACAUCAAGAUCACGUCGUUCAACGCGCUCGCGGAGAAGCAGGUCAAGGAGGCCGUGCGCGCGCUCGAGGCGCGCGGCGCCGUGAGCCUCGUGCUGGACCUCACGGACAACCGCGGCGGCCUCGUGAACGAGGGCAUCGAGGUGGCGAAGCUGUUUCUGGACGACGGCGCGACGGUGGUGGUCGCGGACGGGCGGGCGCGCGCAACCAAGGAGCCGCCGCGCGCGCAGGGCGCGCCGCUGACGCGCCUGCCCGUGACCGUGCUCGUCAACGAGCGCACGGCCAGCGCGUCGGAGAUUGUGGCGGGCGCGCUGCGCGACAACUGCAGGGCGGUCGUGGCGGGGAACAAGACGUACGGCAAGGGCCUGAUCCAGUCGGUGUACGAGCUCGGGGACGGCUCGGGGCUCGUCGUGACCGUCGGGCGCUACGUGACGCCGGGCGGGACGGACAUUGACCGCGCAGGCAUACGUCCCGACUUCCGGUCGGUGCCGGACGCGAAGGCCGCGGCCGACGUGCUGCGGGCGUGCGAGGUUCCGCGAGGCGGCGCCGGGCGGGACGUGUGA